GCAACCUCUAUUCUCUACCCACCCAAAUCUCUCAACACGUACCAAAAUUUUUUCAACUCAGAACAAGAACAAGCAACGUUGAAACACGACACUGUGGACCGAACAGACCCUUCAACUGAAGAAGAAAAUCUUCAAUGUGUAUUUCUCUCUUAAACUGUCCUCUGAAUAUCCAGGGAUUAAGCAACCAAAAAGAUUAGCUCAAAACUCAGUAGCUCACAUGUGCUUUUCUCUCCUUGUUUUUUGGCUCAAAAAUUCCUUCUCUGUAUCCUUAAUUAGGUCAGACUUCAACUUCUGAUGAUAAUCAUUGAGUCUUUUGCCAUAUUUUCUGAAUUUUUUAACCGGUGAAAAGUCCAUUAUUGCAUGCAAUUUUCAACGUAAAAAUUAGAGUUUUCGUGAACUUUUGUGUUUACUGUUAUGUUGUUGCUUCAGAAUGAAUGGAGCCUUUCUUGGGUUAAAUUGGUUAAUUCUUUGAGGAAAUUUGUUGAGAAAUAAGCAUCUGGGUUUGGUUAAUAUGGCUUCUGUUCAUGGAUUUCUCUAUGAGAAAUUGCUUCUCUUCAAUGGCUUUUCCUGGGUCUCUGUCUUCUCUCUGUUUGUUACUUUGUUUGGUCUCUUGUGCAAGUUUUAUUUCAGAGUUGAGAGAGAAAGCCUGGUGGUUUCUCUUCAGGAUGUUGAUUCUUGUCUUCUAAAGUCAGAAGAUGAAAUUGAAGAAACAAAAUCUGAUUCUAUUGAGUUUAAGGAUAUAGAGAAUGAUGAAGAAGAAAGGACUCCAAAGUGCUUUCUCAAUUUCAAGUUCCAAUCUUAUGAAGAAUUCUGUAAGAAUAACAAAGAAAAGUGGGACUUAGUUCAUGAGUUCAAGUCUGAGAACUAUUUAUGUGGGUUCAUUGAGGAACCGAAAGAUGUGAGCUUCACAGUAAAAGAGCUGUCUGCUGAUUCAGUGAAUGCUCCUUCUGGCAAGCAAGAGAUUAUUGAUGACAAUUCUUUGUUAGAGAAUGAUCUUAAGGAAGAAAAUUUGGUUGAGGAAAUUGUUGAUGAAGAAGGAGAGGUUUCAGAGAAGCUAGAAGAAGUGGCAACAUUGAUUGAUGACGAGAAACAGAUGCCAAAUGGUGAAGAUGGCUUAGGGGACCUUGAAUCUCUUUCAGGAAAGGACUUGGUAGCUUUGGAUUCUGAUGCAGAUUUGACAACUUCAAGCAAUGAAUUAUCAGUUGUGAGUCAAUUUAUUGGCUCAACCAGUGAUGGCUUUUUGUCUGAUAAAGAUUCUGAUGACGAGUUUGAGUUUAGUAUUAUGAGGAGCAUUGAGAGGGAUUUGAAAGACUUGCAUUUACAGAAAUUUAACGAUGUUGCCGCCAAUGAUACUGAUGAUGAAGAUAGUGAUAAAAUGGAGGAGCUUAAAAAUUUAGAAGAGUCUGAAGAUGUAAAGAAUUCAUGCACUCAAGACUCAGAAAUGCUGCUUGGGAAAGAUUUUCACAUUGAAAACAAUUCGAAGAAUCAAGAAUUUGGUGGUGAAAUGAAUCAAGCAACAAGUAGUUUGAAUAAGUCUAAUAAGUCCAAUUUGCAGAAUUCAUUUGCUUCUGUGGACUCUGAGGAUUCAUAUGGACUGGAAACUUUGUGGGAGCACCAAGAUCUGAUUGAGCAGCUCAAAAUGGAGCUUCAAAAGGUCAGGGCUAUAGGUCUGCCCAUUAUCCUAGAAGAGUCUGAGUCUCCGAAAAUAAUGAAAGAUUUGAAGCCUUGGAAGAUUGAUGAGAAGUUCUUGCAUGAAGCUAGAUUGGGUGAGCUUCACAAAUUAUACAGAAGUUACCAAGAACGGAUGCGAAAAUUUGACAUCUUGAAUUUCCAAAAGAUGUAUGCAAUAGGCUUUCUCCAAUCUAAGAACCCCCUUCAAACGAUUUCAAGCCUGAAAUCAUCGGCUCAAGGAUUGUUUUCUAUUCUUUCACAGAAUUUCCUCAUGGGAAAGCACAAAAAAUCCGAAUCUGACCCAUUGAAAAAGUUUAUCAAAGAGUUGUUUAACGAUCUAGAAGUGGUUUAUGUUGGACAAUUGUGCCUCUCCUGGGAAAUCCUUCACUGGCAAUUCAAAAAGUCAUUGAAGUUAUGGAAGUCUGACCCUAAUGGUAAACACCGAUACAACAAAGUUGCUGGUGAAUUUCAACACUUUCAAGUGCUAAUGCAAAGAUUCAUAGAAAAUGAACCGUUUGAAGGUCCAAGGGUGCAGAAUUAUAUCAAGAAUCGAUAUGUUCUGCGUAAUCUUCUUCAGGUUCCAGUAAUAAGAGAGGACAGCAAAAAGGUUAGGAAGGGAAGACUGAAAAGGAGAGAUGAGUAUGCAAUCACAAGCGAAAUGCUAGUCAAGACCAUGGAAGCAUCGCUACAAAUACUUUGGCAAUUCAUCCGAGCCGAUAAAGAUGCAAAUGUUCUGACACCAAAGAUGAGAAGAACCACUCAGGUUGAACCCCAAGAAACCUUAGACUUGAAACUUUUAUCAGAGGUUAGAACUAAUCUUCAAAAGUUCUUUGAUCCUCAAAAACAGAUUGAGAAAAUUCAAGGAAAAGUUAUCAUGUCAAGAAUGGGAUUCGAACCCAUGCCCUUUCGGACCAGCACCUGAAACUGGCGCCUUAGACCAACUCGGCCAUCUUGACAUUUGAUUCUAUUUUUGGCAACUUGCUAUAAUAUAGAAUAAUGGAUAGUAAAAUAUCAAACGAAUCCUCAUAAUUUCCGGAAACAAAUGUGUUUCAUUGUUUACCCUGUUAAAAAUUAUACUUAGAUUAUUAGAUUAUUAUUUCAAUACAAAAUUUAAAACCUAUUAUAUAAUACUUUUUCUAAAAUUGUUGGAGAAAUUUUAUUUUUCAUUCUCUCUCUCUCAAGAGUUAGAUAACAUAAUGCUUAGAUCCAAUUGUUCUGAUUUUCUCGAAUGUGCACCGUCAACCCUUCUCUUUUCCACAUCAAGUCUUUUUGUGUUGAUUUAAUUGUUAUGAUCAACCAGAAAAAAAAAAUGAAUGAACGUUUUUCCGAUUUGAUAACUUGUUUAAUAUAUACAAUAUAUUAAUAAUUUUAGCACUUAAUUUUUAAUUUAUAAAAUAUGUUUGUUUUUUUCUAAUAGAAUUGAUUGAGAGUUGUAACAUACAAAUUUCUCACCAAAUUAAUUGUUAUUAGAUAAUUGAUAUCUCAUUUAUUAUCUUUGUGAUUACACAAUUGAAUUGACUAUUAGAUUUAGAGUUAAAGAGGUCUUGAGAUCAAUUAUAUCAGGUCCAACAUAUCAUAUCAAGACCCAUAAAAAUGUAGGUCUUAACGAGCGAUACCGGUUUACCAAAUCUCAAAACUGACAACACGAUGGAGAUAAGAUCAGGUAGCUUACACACAUAAAUGUUUUAUUUUUUUAAAUUAUCAGAGUCUCCCAGUGAAACUGCAGCAAGGCCCAUAAAUUUAGGGGCCAUACGGUAAUUUUCUGCCCCUCACGGACCCAAAGUCCCAGUCCCAGAAUAGUAAAAUACAAUUAAGUUAGUCUAAACCGUUGAUUAACACAGCAGAGACUCGCAUCCGUUAGAUCUAGGGUUCAAUAACGCCUAAAACCCCCCUGUAUCUAUAUAUAUAAAACCUUCUCUUACUUUAUCAUGUAGCCUCCUAACUGAAAACCCUAAACGGAAAAA